AUGGCCCUUAUUGAAGAGGUCGUCAGUCGAGACCACGGUGCUGUCACCAUGCUCAUCCCCUCUGGACCUCAUUCGUCUCUCUCAUUCCUCCCUCCCUCCCUCCUUUGCAGGUACUCGAAGCUGCUGAUGUGGAACAUGGUGCGGUACCGCAAGCUGAUCUACCUGGACUCGGACCUGCUCGUGCUGCACAGCAUCGACGACCUCUUCCACCGCCCCCAGCUGUCCGCCGCGCCCGACACGCUGCCGCCCGACAAGUUCAACAGCGGGCUGAUGGUGGUGGAGCCCAACCGCGCCAUGUUCAAAGACAUGCUCUCCAAGAUCGCCACCCUCGUCUCGCCUAACGUGGGCGACCAGGGCUUUCUCAACAGCUACUUCUCGUCGUGGUACCAGCAGGGCCCCGUGCACCACAUCGACUACACGUACAACGCACUCGUGCGCAUCUCCGUGUCGCCCGGGUGGCGGCUGUUCAUAGAGCCCAAGCUCAAGGUGCUGCACUUCUCGGGCAACACCAAGCCCUGGAACAUGAUGGUCGACCGCCAGUUCCCCACAACGAGGGCGUUCGACCACCGGUGGUGGGAGGUGUACGACGACGUCUACUCCAUCCUGCACCGCCAGGCCCUCAAAUCCGCCAACCCCUCCUCCUCCUCCUCCUCCUCCUUCAACCCCCGCUCCACCCUGGACACCACCGCUGCUGCUGAGAAAGCUGGUGGGGGGGGAAGUGGAGGGGUUGGGGGGGCUGGGGAGAGUCUGGAGGCAGUGGCGACUGCUGCCCGGCUGGCAGCAGCAGCGGCCGCAGCAGCAGGGUCGCCCUCGGAGCCGCCCCAGCUGGCGCCGCAGUGCCAGAGGAACUACAUGGCGUAUGCACGCAAGCCCCCGAUAACGGACAAGUUCAGUGUGAUCAUCAACUGCUUUGACCGCUUUGACCUCAUGCUCUACUUUGUGCGGCGCUACGCGCGCUUUGAGUUCGUGCACAAGGUGUACAUCGUGUGGGGCAACACGCGCGUGACCCCCUUCCACCCCUCCUACUUCAACGUCUCCACGCCCGUCGAGAUCCUCUACUCCGGCAUCGACUCGCUCAACGACCGCUUCAAACCCAUCCGCUCCCUGGAGACGGAGGCAGUGCUGAUGUGUGACGACGACAUCGAGGUGCAUCCAGGCGCGCUGCGAGUGGCGUUUGAGCGGUGGCAGGAGGAGAAGUACCGCCUGGUGGGCUUCUUCCCGCGCGCGCACUACCGCGAGGUGAACGGGCCGCGCAGCGGGCACAUGACGUACGUGCUGACGCCGCGGCAGGAGUACAGCAUCGUGCUCACCAAGAUGUUCCUCAUGCACGGCGACUACCUGCGCGCCUACACCUGCAUCAUGCCGCAGCGCGUGCGCGAGUACGUGGAGAGGAACAAGAACUGCGAAGACAUCACGAUGAACUUUGUGGUGACUCAGCUGUCGGGGCUGCCGCCGCUGCUCAUGGAGGACCCCACGAAGCUGGACUACGGCACGUCGUCCGGGCUCUCGUCCCGAGGGAGCCACGACAACUCCAGGUCGGUGUGCAUGAACGACAUAGCCAUCAUGCUGGGGUACAUGUCACUGCGCAACACAUCAGAGGCCGUCACCUACUUCGAACGAGACAAGAUGGUCAAGGUGGUGCGGCGGCGGCGGCUGAGCACGGCGGCACACAUGGUGUUUGAGCCGGUGUUUGACGCGUUUGAGCACCGCGGCAGCAAGCAGUUCCUGAAGCAGCUCACCUUCCAGCACCCCCUCAUCACCACUGAGAUCGCCCACGUGCCCACGCACACCGUCAACCGACACGUCAUGUGCAUCAAGGGGGACAACGACGAGGACAUGGACGACCCGGCGCGCAACCAGUACACGCUGCUCGACUUCGCCUCCGUGCCCCCAGACGCGGGGCACCUGUCAGGCAGCACCUUCAUCGCGCACAGCCAGUGGGGCUUCGAGGGCCGCUUCACUCUGCUGCACCUCGCCUCCUCCCUCGCCACCUGGCGCCGCUCCCACGGCUGCUUCGGCCCCGCCCGCCUCAUGCUCUUCCAGGAUGGCAUGCUCCGCACGCAGAUAUCAGCGUGGGCGAGCAACCUGCUCAAGGCAGUGCUGGGGCCGGGAGCAGCGCCGCCGUUCAAGCCACCGGACGGGGUGACGCCGCAGUGCCUGGAGAACGCGGUGGUGCUGCGGCAGCGGGACACCUUCAACGCCGAUGAGUGCAGCAGCGACGCUCAGGAGCUGCGCCGGAUUGUCCGUGCCUUCUGCCACACCCGGGUGCCAGCAGUACCAGCACCGGAGGACCCGCCAGCGCUGCUGGGCGAGGAGGGCAUGGACGUGCGCAUAGCCUUUGCGGGCGACGCGGACAAUUGGGCGCGCAUGGCGUGGUUCAACUUCUCCCUCGCCGCCACAUGGAUCCGCCAGGAGUGCGCCGUCUUCUCGCUCUCCUGCGAGGUCGCCACCGUGCCACGAGGGGAGUUCUGCCGCGUCAAGGUUUUGGGCCUGGGCCGAGCGGACAUCGUGAUUGGUCCGUGGGGAGACCGGGCUUUGGACAACAUAGUGUUCCUGCUGCCAGGAACAGCCGUGCUGGAGCUGUACCCAUCCAACGCACAUGAGGACGACCGCAAGACCGCCAAGCUUGAGGCCGAAUGCCUUGACCUCGCUUACGAGCAGAUGCGCAUGGACGUGGCAAUGAAGGACGUGCUGUCGUGGGUGAGCAAGCACCUGGAGACACUGGGGCGGCGGCAGAAGGGCGGCGCAGAGGAGGGCGAGCCCACCUUCCUGGAGACCUGUGUGCACCGCAACCUGCGCUACUGA